AUGACUCCACUGCAGAUACCAAUACUCACUUUAAAUUAAAACUCUUAAGAAGUAGUUCUCGAAACCCCUCAUUCAUUAAAUAAGUUCGUAGCACAAGUACUAUCUUCUUUGAAGGCAACAACUUGCCAUCACCUAUUAGAUUUACUCAUCACAAUAAAAGAGCUUCUAUUUCUCCAAAUAAAACAAUGUUGCAUUCUGAGUCAAUCCAAUUCGGCUAAUUUGCCAAAAGAAAUACAUAAGUCAUAAAGUUGCCUCCAUUGUCAAAUUCUCCUGUUAUGAAAAAGCAAAGAAAAAGCAAUUUAAAUUUUAGAUUAAAAUAGUAUUGAAAUUGUUUAUUUAACUUUGUUUGAAUAGAAAGAAUAUCUUAUCAUCAA